GCAUGAUGGUGGCGGCGGGGCUGGCCGGGCGCGCGCGACCGCUCGUCAGCCGGGCGGGGCCGCGCGUGAUGGUGGCCGGUCUGGGCAACUAUGGGCUGUGUGGGACACGGCACAGCGUAGGCAUGGCAGUGCUGGACCGGCUGGCCCGGCAGCUGGCGGUGGCCGAGGGUUGGCGAGUGGACAGGCGGUGCUGUGCCGACAUGGCCCUGGCCGUGGCCCGCGGCCUGGAGCUGGUGCUGCUCAAGCCGCGGAGGCUCAUGAACAUCAACGGGCUCAGUGUCGCCAGUGCUGCUGAGAUCUACAACCUCCGCCCAGAAGACAUUUACCUGAUUCACGACGACCUGGACAAGGACCUGGGCAAGGUGGCGAUCAAGCUGGGAGGCAGCGCAAGGGGACACAACGGGGUCCGAUCCUGCAUCAGUGCUUUGCACUCCAACGAGAUGACCCGGCUCAGGGUCGGCAUCGGGCGGCCGGAGGGUGCAGUGAGGGUGUCCAGCUACGUCCUGGCUCCGUUCAGCGCCGGGGAGCGGGAGAGGCUGGAGCAGGUCCUGGCCCAGGCAGCGACCUGCCUGCUGGAGCACAUCCUGCACAGGAGAGCACCCGCAGGGGACCCGGGGGACAGGGGCUGACACCAGCCCCCCGGGGACCUGUGUGGCCGAUGGACGUGGUGCGGGGUGACGGUGGUGCGGAGCAGAGCUGGCCCCACGCAGAUCCGGGCAGCUCCUGUCCCACUCAAACCCCUGGGGUGGCUUCGUACAGCGGUUUGGCACAGAAAUAAAACCCCUGCCCUGCUCCUGC